AUGAUCAAGGACAUGCGCACUCCCAUGAACUGGUACCUCGUCAACCUCAGUGUCGCAGACCUCCUCGUGCUUCUCGUCUGCCAGCCGGCUGCCCUCAUCGAAUUCUUCGCCAGGGACCGCUGGUACCUCGGGGAGAUGCUCUCUGGUGCCGGGGCUGGAGCACGCCGCGCUGCAUGCCUCCACGCUGACCAUCCUGUCCAUCACAGUGGAGCGCUACUACGCCAUCUGCCGGCCGCUGAAGAAGCUGGCCAUGUGCCACAAGCCCCGCCCCUGGCGGGUGCUGCCGGUGGUGUGGAGCGUUGCCUUGGUGACGGCCGUGCCCUUCGUCAUCAUGACCGUGCUGAGCGAGGCCGAGUUCUUCGACGGGUCGAGGUCAUACGUGUGUGGCACGCGCGUGGAGGAGGUGUGGCACUACUGGUACAUCGGCGCCAUCUACGUCGUCUUCUUCGGCAUCCCCAUGAUCGUCUCUUCUUCCUGUACGCCAAGAUCAUCCGGAAGCUGCGAUCCUCCGGCACAGCACUCCGCAACCGCAUCCGAGAAGACGCCAUGGCUCUCUCCAAUCACUCCUCUCGCAAACAGGUGAUCAAGAUGCUGGUGGGCAUCGUCCUUCUCUUCUUCAUCUCGCUUACUCCUCUCCGAGGGGUCAUCCUUUGGAUUCUGUUUGUCCCCGAAGACCAGGUUCACGCCCUCGGGCCUGAGCGCUACUACAACCUCAUGUGGUUCUGUCGUCUGCUGAUGUACGUCAACUCGGCCGGCAACCCCAUCAUCUACUCCCUCGUGUCGUCCAAGUUUCAGACCGCCUUCUGGUAUUUGAUGCGAGGGGGUGGACGUAAGCCUCGAUCUCCCAGUUCCGGUGCGCAGGGGUCAUUCGCGUCCAGGCGCAGCUCGGCCGGAAGGUUUUCUUCCAGCGGGGUGCACAGAGACUCGGCCACGGCGUCGCUGCGGCUGUCCACCACCGACAGCCCCUGCAUGAGCCUGUGUCAACACGCCGCCCACCCCAAGCUGAUUAGCUACCCGGGGACCAAAAAAAGGACUGUUAUCUCCUGGCUGCCGCUGAAUGUCAAAUCUCACACGUGCUCCGACUCCGCGCACCUGAACCGACUGAGCGGCUGCGGGGACGCCAUCUAGAGACGAGGACCCCACCAUCGGGGGAACGAUGAGGGAGGAAGCUGACCGGUGAUGAAUCAUGAACAGUUUCAGUACUGACCUUUGAUAAGCAAGUGCGUGUGCGUGUGUGUGUGUGUGCGUGUGCAUCUGUGUGUGUGUGUGAGAGAGAGACAGAAACAGACAUAGCGACGGGUAAGAUUGAGAGGAAAAUGAAAGUCCUCCUUGGCCUUUUUCUCACAUUUUUGUCAAAUUAAAGAAAUGCGCCGAAGACGCCUGAGUAUGGAGCAUCUAAACAUAGAAAAAUACUUUUCUGAGAUCCGGUGGCAAGAUAUAUAUACACAGAAACGAACGAUUCAACUGUGGCUUUCAUUUAUGUGAUAAUGAAAUGUCAAAUGUUUGUGUUGGGUUAGUUCUAAAUGAAGGAUUUGUAGGAGCUGUCUUGUGUGUCCCUUUUGCUAAGUCAGAUAAACUAUAUCUUUCUUGUGUUUACCUUCUGUUAAAUAAAGUGUUCCUUACGAAUUGCAUUUGAAAAUCCUGUGUAUCAAGGUACCCACCCUGCUUGUGUCUGCGGACUCGUGAUUCUGUUUAAAUGAGAAUUUAUGUAGACAUUGGUGCAUCACUUCAGUACCUUAGUACUGUUUUCUUUGAAUGGCCAUGGAUGCUGACUCCAGUUGCUGCAAACGAAGUGGGUGCAACUUGAGAAGAAAAUGGUAUUUAGACAAUUGAAGUAUGAGACAGGUUUUGUAAGGAAAGUUCUCUUGGAGAAACGUCUAUUCAUAGAAGGUUUCAAGAAAAGACAUCAAAACAAAAAGAACCAAGAGUUUAUGGUCUGACAAACAAAGACCUGAAAGGAAAUUCGAUCAGAGUUAGAAAACUUGGAGAGCCGUUCGUUUCCCACGGCUAUAAUUAUUUAUUUAUCUUCAAUGAAUUUUCAACUCGACUGUUUUUGUUUUCCUCAGUAUUUUCUACUUCGUAUUCUCUUCUAAUUAUUAACGAAUAAUUGGGAUUAAAUUUCAAUGAUUGUGUGUUUGUCCUUUACUUGUUACUCUAGCCAUGCUUGCACAUCGUCAUUUCUAAAGAAAGUCUGUUCUUUGUCCCCUCAAGACUUUUUUAUUUCGAUAAUUCUUUCAACUGGAAUCGUCGGGGUCUUUUUGAUUGACAAUUUAAUCGCAUAUUCUGCGGAUAAAAUGUAAACUGAUUCUGUGUAAACGCGUUAAUUAAAGCGGUCCUUGUCAUGUCCCUUCGCUUCCUUUGUGAGAUGUCCUGUCAGAAAACAUUGCUUUGAACUAUUCAGUAUUGUACGGAUUUAUUGUGAUAUAAUUGAACCGCCAUCGUUUUGGUUCCAGUUAGGUUUUUGUAAAGUUUCUCUUGCUUUCAGAAAAAGUUUUCUUUAUUUAAAAAUAUGCAAAUUUUGUCGCUUGAAAGUUUUGAUGUCUUGACUUGGGAUCUGGUACAAAACCAGAAAGUCCUGCCUUUCUCUGGGUCAAAUGUCACAAGUUAUACCUAAAACUUUCACAUCUAUACUAUUGCUUGUGUGAUCAGAUGCUGUAGUUGUAGCUAUUGUUUUUAUACACAGUUGUAUUCUGUCGCUACCUUCAUAAACUGAUUGGAAAUACAAAAAAUAAUUUUAGUUUGUGUUAAGUGCCAUGUAAAAUCCCUUGAUGAUUGUGAUCAUAAAGGCUCUAGUAAAAAUUUUUUUGCAAUGCAAUCAGAAGUUUUCUAUGUCCUUGUGAGAACAUUAUAGACAUACACAAGUAGAUAUUUUCACAUAAUCUACGCAUACACUUAGCACCUGAACGAUGAGACAGUGUACACACCCUGGGUCUGUACUAACCCUGACCUCUGGGUCAGGUUCUACCCCGCCAGAUACCCACCCCACUUCUAGCAACCCUCUGUCGACAGAACACAAUACGGGGACAUAGUUGAUGAGUAAACACUUCAUUUACAGGACUGUAACUCUGUAACUCUGUAACUCUGUGAGUUCACUUUCCUGUCCACAACUAACUUGCAGAUAAUUAUUUUGCCCGCUGUUCUGAUUACUACAUUUUAUUUGUUUGCUUGUCGGUAUUCUGCAUGUUUUGGAUGCGAUGCUUGAAAAAUCAAAUAAACACUCGAAAAAAGUUUCAGUGCAAAAUGACUGUACAUAUUUAGAGUAUUUGAUGGUAUGUUAGUUUAUUUAUUCUAUUUCUCUUUACUUUGCAUAACUGCUUGCUUCUUCUGCCUGCUGCUAUGUGCAAUGACAUAUACAACAACAGUGAUUAUUGUCAUUUGUUUCUUCUAUUGCAACGAUGAAUAAAAUGUGCAGUAU